GAGAACAGUGGGCGUGGCUUAGAGCGUACGCCAUGUCCAGGACGCUGAAGCCAGGCGAGCAGACUCCAAAACACUCAGAGAGAAACUUCCUCAAUGUUUACGCGGAGCCGCAAUAACGACGUGGACUUUAAGGAUUUCUAUUGCGUUCAUUUGCGGUUCUUCCUUGAAGCUGAGCGGCUGCGGGAGGAAGCCGCAGAAUGAGCGCGUCUCCGGGGUAGAGCCGAGAGCCAGAGAGCCAGAGAGCCGAGAGCCGAGAGCCAGAGAGCCAGAGAGCCAGAGAGCCAGAGAGCCAGAGAGCCAGAGAGCCAUAGCGCCAGAGCGCAUAGUGCAUAGCGCCAUGUCUCCUGCCGGUUACGCGCCGCCGCUGCUGCUGCUGCUGCUGGCCCUCGGGCAGCAGCCCGCGGCCGCGCGCGCUCCUCUCAACAACACGCAGCUCGCGGCGCUGCGCGACGGCAACGUUCAGUGUGACCUCGUGAUGAAUCUCAGCGCGGCGGCCCGCUGUGCGUUUGUGAAGAACACGCCGGACUGUAACAUGGAGCACGGCUUCAUCAACUACCUCCACGUGGCCUUCUGCCUGCUCCCCCCCAGCCUCACGCCGCUCACCAUCACGCUCUGUAUCGUAUGGCUUCUCUUUCUGUUUCUCAUUCUCGGACUCAUUGCUUCCAAGUUUUUCUGUCCCAACCUGUCGGCCAUAUCCACCAGCCUGCACCUGACUCACAACGUGGCCGGCGUGACGUUCCUGGCUCUCGGGAACGGAGCGCCGGACGUCUUCAGCGCCAUCGCCGCGUUCUCCCACCCGCACACCGCCGGGCUGGCUGUAGGAGCCUUGUUUGGAGCCGGUAUAUUUGUGACGACGGUGGUAGCCGGCAGCGUGGCGCUGGUGAAGCCGUUCACGGUGGCCUCCCGUCCAUUCCUGCGUGACGUCAUCUUCUACAUGGCGGCGGUGUACUGGACCUUCCUCAUGUUGUACAGAGGAACCACGUCACUGGGAGAAGUACUGGCCUACCUGGGUCUCUACGUGGUCUACGUGGUGACGGUCAUCAUCAGCGCCUACAUCUACAACCGGCAGAAGAACUCGUUGAACUCCAGCGUCCGGAGCGCUGCACAGAAUCCAGACGAGCUUCACUCGUCUGAUGAAGACGUCCCCGCUCCGCCUGAAGGGAGCAGCCAGCAGGAGUAUGAGUCAGAGUACAGGCCACUUCUUCCUUACUCUGAGUCCACGAGUCAGAUCCUGUUCAGCUCUCUGAACCCGGUGGACAGCAGGAAGUGGAGGAGGAAACCGUGGAGCUGGAGAGCCCUCAAAGUACUGAAGACCCCCCUGGAGGUGCUGCUGCUGCUCUGCAUCCCGGUGGUCGACCCGGAUAAAGAGGACAGGAACUGGAGGCGCCCACUGAACUGUUUCCACCUGAUCACCGCUCCUCUGGUGUGUGUGCUCGCCUUUCAGUCUGGGAUGUAUGGAGUUUAUAUGAUCGAGGGGCAGUUCCCCCUCUGGCUGCUGAUGCUUCUGAUGGGACUGUUCCUGUGUGGUAUUGUGUUCUGGACCACCACUAAUGACCGUCCUCCUAAAUACCAUCCACUGUUCGCUCUCCUGGGCUUCGUGGUGAGCGCCGUGUUGAUCAGCGCCGCGGCGUCCGAGGUGGUCAGUCUGCUGCACAUGCUCGGCGUGGUGCUGAGGCUCAGCAACACCGUGCUGGGGCUCACUCUGCUGGCCUGGGGCAACAGCAUCGGAGACUGUUUCUCUGACAUCACCAUCGCCCGGCAGGGCUACCCACGGAUGGCCAUCGCCGCCUGCUUUGGCGGCAUCAUUUUCAACAUGCUGUUUGGAGUGGGAAUAGGAUGUCUGGUGCAGAUGGUCAACAUGCACGACGGCGUGCAGUUUGAGACGGAGGGUUUGUUGACGUGGGUUCUGGCGGGAUCUCUGGGCGUGUCGAUGGUCCUGUCCUUCGUCAUCGUUCCACUGAGCCGGUUCCACUUGGGUCGGACUUACGGGAUCUUCCUCCUCGUCUUCUAUGCCGUCUUCCUCCUCGUUGCGCUGCUCACGGAGUUCGGUGCGAUCCACCUGGUGUAGACUCUAAGCUCGGGCCACCUGAGAGAGGGCCGUCCUCCGUGAAGCACGACGACACUGGACCAGAACCUCUGCCUCCCCGACGCGUCAUUUUAAUGCACUAUUUAUACAAGUGGACACCACGUUGCGCCUGUGGGGCAGAGCGGUGUGAAACACCGCAGGCAGAAGAAUCACAAACAGACUUUGACGCUCAGAGCUGAGACUUCCACGCUGUGCCUUAUUCUACUCGUUGGUGCCGAGGAGCGGAGGCGGCACAAAGAGUCCAGAGGGAGACGGGCUGUAGAAACGUGAGCGCCGUUUAACGAGACGUUAAAAUGACCGUGUGCAAAGCUGCUUCAAGGGCACAGGUGUCAAACACAAGGCCCGGGGGCCGAAUCCGGCCCGCCACGUCAUUUUAUGUGGCCCCUGGAGAAAAAAUAAGUCCUAUACUUUUAUUUUGAAGGGAUCAAAUUAAAUGGGGUUACGUUAUAAUAUUAGAGAAAUUUUCUUAUGUACAAUAUUUCUACACUUAAAUAAACUAUAAUCAAAUGCAAAGAGAGUUAUUUAACUAUAUCUUCGGGAGUAGUUUGUCUAGUUUCAGUUACACUGGCCCUUUAAGAGGCAGCCAUGAUGGAGUGAGUUUGACACCUCUGUUCUAGGGCAUUAAAUAGUUUUUGGUUUGGUAUUUGUUUUUACAGGUUGUAGUAAUUGUUUGUUGGUCAGUGUUGAAUGAUAAAUAAGCAUUUACCAGCAGUAUGAUAUACAGAAAAAUACAUAUAUGCACUUGACCAGUGGUCCCCAAACUCAGGCCCGCGGGCCGGAUACGGCCCCCUGAACAAUACCAGAGACGCAUUCUGAUUUAUUUUCCAGUCUGGCCGACUAGCCGCUGUCAAAGAGAACGUGUGAAGAUCCCGGAAAGGGUUAUUAAUAUUUGGUUAUGUGGCUUUCUGGAAAACAAUAAAUGUUUACAUUUAGGCA